CACUAGAUUGAAUUUGAAUUCAAAAGAUCAUAGAUCAAAAUAUAUAACCUAAUACCCAGAGGUUUGUUCUUAUGAUGUAGUCUGUUAGAACGAUAGAGUUUAUCAUGCAGGUUUCUAUGGUACUUUCAUUUCUUCUUAUUUUUGCCCAUUCAAUAGCAAUUAAUGCUCAACAGAGAAACUUCAACUUGAGCCGAGGCUCUUCUCUCUCUCCCACUGAAAAUUCAUCACUAUUCUCACAAUCUGGCAAAUUUGCCUUUGGGUUCUUUCCUUUUGGUGACGGCUUUGCAGUAGGCAUAUGGUACGAAUCAGGAACUUUACAAAAAACUGUUGUCUGGACAGCCAAUCGGAAUGAUCCUCCGGUAUCUCGCAAUGCCACCAUUGGAUUGACAAACGAUGGUAGGCUCAUCGUGCAUGAGGUGGGAGUCCAAGAAAAACCCAUUGCCAAUACUACAGGACCCGCUUUAUUUGUUUCCAUGCUCGAUUCUGGCAACCUUGUUCUCUACAAUUCAAAUUUAACAAUUAUAUGGCAAAGUUUUGAUUAUCCAACAGACACCCUUCUGCCAGGUCUACUCUUAAGAGCUGGGGAUGAACUCGUUUCUAGUAUCUUUGAAACCAAUCACUCGAUGGGAAGCUUUCGGAUCAAGAUGCAGACCGAUGGGAAUAUUGUGAUGUAUCCAGUUGGUUCUCUUGAUGCUCCAGACUUUGCUUAUUGGGCAUCAGUAACAAAUUUUGUAGGAAAGAACGCAACUCUGACGCUGGAUGGAAACGGCCGCUUGUACAUGCUCAAUAGUAGUGGCGCUGAGGUGAAGAACAUCAAUAAUGCAGCUGUUCCGUCUGAUGGGAAGAUGUAUCGAGCCACAAUUGAUGCAGACGGGAUAUUCAGGGUGUAUUCUCAUAACUUGAUUGAAAAUGGUAGUCAAUCAAUCGAGUGGUAUGUGCCAGAUGAUAGAUGUAGACCUAAAGGCAUAUGUGGCAUCAAUGGGUAUUGUGAUCUCAUAAAUCUACAGCCUGUUUGUGCUUGUCCUCCUGGAUUUGAUUUCAUCAAACAUGAGGAAAAAAAUUUGGGUUGCAAUAGAAACUUCAUUUUAGAAAGUUGUGCCUUUAAAAAUGAUCAUACGGAGUACACUAUUCAAGAAUUGCAAAGCAUUGUAUGGCUAGAAAGCACAUAUGCCAUUUUGCCUUCUAUGACGAUAGAAGAAUGCAAACUGGCAUGUUUAGAGGACUGCAAUUGUGAAGCUGCUCAGUUCCAAGGCCAAGAAUGCAAGAAACAAAAGCUUCCAUUGACAUUUGGGAGAAGAACAUCACAACAGGAAGAUGGCAAACCAAGCCCAAGUAUGCUUGUUAAAGUAGGCAUGGACUCAGGUAGGAAUGGGACAAUAGCUCCCAAAGAAUCUCGAAAAGUUUUGCGAAUGGACAUCUUAGUGAUUGGUCUUGCAUGUAUUUCUUUCGCAUUAAUUGUGCUAGCCUUUUCUGCUUUUCUUAUCUUUAGAUAUCGUCUUUGGGCGUACAAAAAGAUUCCUUAUAAAAGUAAUGAUCAAGGAUUGAUUGAAGAUGUCUCUCUUCGAGUAUUUACUUACAAUGAACUCGAAGUUGCGACGAGUGGUUUUAGCGAACCACUAGGCAGUGGCUCUUUUGGGACAGUUUUCAAGGGCACAUUGUCAGGGCAAAGAAGAAUUGCCGUCAAGCGGCUUGAUUUGAAAGUGGUGGCUGAAGUCCAAGAAAUGGAAUUUCUAAACGAAAUGAGGUCCAUUGGAAGAAUCCACCAUAGAAACCUUGUCCGCUUGCUAGGUUACUGCCAUGAUGGUUCCAAUAGGCUUUUGGUGUACGAUUACAUGAGCAAUGGAACACUCUCAAGCUACCUUUUCAAAUCCCAGUUAAAGCCAAAUUGGGUAGAAAGAAUCAACAUUGCUUUGAAUAUAGCAAGAGGGCUCCUAUACUUACACGAGGAAUGCGAGACCCGAAUCAUACACUGCGACCUCAAGCCCAGCAACAUACUAAUGGAUGAGUACGGGCAUGCCAAAAUUGCAGAUUUUGGACUAGCAAAGUUAUUGAUGCCAGAGCAUUCCAGAACUUUCACUGAGCCUAUUAGAGGGACAAGAGGGUAUAUUGCCCCUGAGUGGCACAUGGACUUGCCCAUCACAGUGAAAGCCGAUGUUUAUAGUUUUGGGAUUGUAUUCUUUGUCAUUAUAUGCUGUCGCAAGAGACUUGACAACGAUGCUCCUGAAGAAGAGGCAAUUCUUGUCAAGUGGGUCAAAGACUGUUUCAAGGCCAAUGAAGUAAGCAAACUGGUGCCUGAAGAAGUUGAUCAGCAAAGCUUGGAAAGGAUGAUCAAAAUUGGGUUGUGGUGUAUAGAAGAAGACCCAGCAGCCCGCCCUUCAAUGAAGAAAGUGAUUCAGAUGUUGGAAGGUAUUGUAGAGAUACUCGAACCUCCAUGCGCUCAUUCUUCAUUUCAGUAUUAGUUCUUCAUUAUUCAAAUGGUGAUGUAUUUCUUUUGUUCCCAUAAAACUCGAUUUGUAUUUGGAUUUAAAGUUCAUUGUUGCUAUCCGAGCUAGUGCGGCCUUCCAUGCA